AUGAUAGCAAUUGCGGUGAGUAUUUAUUAUGCUCUCAGACAUAACAAAGUUUAUAAAUAUACAAUUGUUACUAUUUCCGAGUCAGUUGUGUUCCUUCCAGAAUCAAGAAUAUUCAACAUCAGUAUGACAAUCAUGGCCCUUCUUCAAUCUUUAGUAUUUAUCUUGCGCCAUCAUUAUUUAAACGUUAUAAUUACAAGAGAAUCAAAAUGGUACCUUCACCUUCUUAAAUGGAUAUGCAUUAUCUUCGCUUUCGUGUCUCCACCAGCUUUUAUUGGCCUUGCAAACUUUACAGUACGAGAAUUCUUUAAUGUCCACAACAUGUGCCCUUUUAUCUACUUUUACACUGUUAGCUUCUACUUUUUAUGCUACGACAUCAUAAUUAUUUGCGUUAAAAAGAAAAUAAAAUGGUAUUCGAUGUUUGUUACAAUUUUAGGCAUAAUUUGUCUACAAUUAUCAUUAUGGCCUUUAUUUAUUAACCCUCACAAUAAUACAAUCGUAUCUACAACUUCAGUUUUCGAAUUUAUAACUGUAUUCUUAUUCACCCUCAAAACUACAUUAACAUUGGUUGACUUACCACCUCACGGCAUUAAAUUUUACUCUAAGUAA